AUGAAGAUUCCAGCGAUACUUGUGACGUCCUUCCUCGCUUGGGGACUGGCCAGCGGGGACCUCAUCGGGUCGGGAGCUUCCGCGUCCGCAUCUGCUAGUGCUAGUGCCAGCUCAGGCAUUAAAAACAAGUGGAUAUCAUUGCCUCUGCUGAAGAAGAAUGAUGAACAUCAUAAGGGCAUGGAAAUCGACAAGUCGGUGUUCGAAAUUAAGAAGGUAGCACUAAGUUCAGUUGAUAAGAUAAACGGAGCGGCCAAACUCGGUCUGAGUUGGAAGGAGGUUAGCGCUGGAUUGGAAAAUGCCAAAGCCAAUGCCGCCACAGCCCAAGAAACAUUAAUAAUCUUGAAAAAGAUAUUGGGUCAUCUUAAGGAAGUUUAUUUGCAUGCCAUUAAGCUUUCGGCAGAGGCAUCCGCCCAUGCACUAGCUGUCGCUAAAGUGGCAGAAGAAGCUCAAAGAAUCGCGGAAGCCAAGGGCAGAGCUGCUUCCCAAGAAAUCUCCGAAGCAAUCGAGGCAUCCAGAAGAGCCGAAGCGGCGGCCGCGGCUACGAAAGACGCGAUCGAACGCACUGUGGAGAAUGCUAAGGCGGCCAAUGCAGCACAGGUCAAUGCCAACGGGCAAGCUGAAAACGCCAACCGUAAUGCAGCCGCUGUAUUAGCGGCGAUGCUUCGCAUCGAGGAAUCUUCGGCGAAAAAUAAUCAGGCUGCAACGGCGGCCGCCGCCUCAGCCGCCGCCGCGUCUGCUCUUCACGCCAAGGCUAACGCGGCUGCGCAAGCAAACGCUAAAGCCGCCAGUACGGCGGCGACAAGCGCUGAAGAAGCGCAAGCAGCACAGACUGCCGCUUUGAGCAACCAGCAGUUAGCUGCUGCUAUGUUUGAAAAGGCCAGCGCUGAUCAACAGGCAGCUUCCGCUAGAGCUGACUACUACGCCGCUACUACCGAAGCCCGGGCUGCUGCUCAAGCGUCCGUUAUCAACGCGAUGAGGGAUGGAAUAGUUGUUGGAUUAGGAAAUGACGGUGGCGCAUCAGCUCAAGGGAUUGCUCAAGCUAAUGCUCUCGCUGGCGCCGGACACAAGGGAUAUGAGGGACAUAAUAUCAUUUCGAAGAAGGGCAUGCAUUUGUAAUUGAAAUAGGAGGGGUCUCCGCCAGCGUCACCGUUAGCGGCUCCGCCAAAGCUUCUUCUUCGAGAAAAAUGGAAGCGAAAUAGAGAGAGCGAAAAGGAUCGACUUAAGUUUCUUAGUCACUAAAGCGGAACAGA